CCUGCUGCAUUACGUAGCAUCCGACACUUCCAAUGCUCCAACUACUUCGAACAACUUCACAUAAAACAUACAACAACAUUGUUUCCAUCGAAACAUUUCCAAGCUUUUAUUUCUAUUUCUCCACCCUCUCUACUCUCAAACCCUGUUUUUUGCCAUUUCCACUUUAAAACUCUCUCAUUUCUCUCUCUCUCUCUCUCUCUCUCUCUCUCUCUCUCUCUCUCCACAUUGAUCCCUUUUAUUCACAAUAGAUUAAGGCAUUCUACACUCAGAUUAUAUUCACUCGAAAUGGCAACAACAACGACAGUUUCUAAUAUGUCCAUUGCAAUGUCAAGACCUAGGAUUACCUCAUCACAAAAGUUAGGUCCUGCAAUUCUUGGAUGUAGGGUUAAGGUUGGCUCAUGUGAUAAACUAGGAAGUGUUUGUCAUGUUGCAUCGGUGAAACCCUUCCAGCAGGUCUCAACAUCAUGUGCCUCAAAAUUUGACAAGUUCAUAACAAAGGCGACGUCUGAGUCAAGUUCAAACAAGCAAGUUACAGGAUUGCCAAUUGAUUUGAGAGGUAAAAGGGCAUUUAUUGCUGGUGUGGCCGAUGACAAUGGAUAUGGCUGGGCAAUAGCAAAAUCUCUCGCAGAAGCAGGAGCUGAAAUUCUUGUUGGCACAUGGGUACCGGCUCUAAAUAUAUUUGAGUCCAGUCUACGACGUGGAAAAUUUGACGAAUCACGCAAGUUACAAGAUGGAUCAUUGAUGGAGAUUACUAAAGUGUAUCCCUUGGAUGCAGUCUAUGACACUCCCGAAGAUGUCCCAGAAGAUGUGAAAGCUAAUAAGCGCUAUGCUGGAGCUUCAAAUUGGACUGUCCAGGAAGUUGUUGAAUCUGUUAAGAAGGAUUUCGGCACAAUUGACAUACUUGUGCAUUCACUUGCUAAUGGACCAGAGGUCAGCAAACUAUUGUCCGAGACAUCUCGGAAAGGAUAUCUAGCUGCCUUGUCUGCGUCUAGUUACUCUUAUAUUUCCUUACUAAAACACUUUCUUCCAAUCAUUAAUCCAGGUGGAGCUUCGCUAUCUCUAACAUAUAUUGCUUCAGAGAGGAUUAUUCCAGGAUAUGGUGGUGGUAUGAGUUCAGCUAAAGCUGCUUUGGAAAGUGAUACCAGAGUGCUUGCUUUUGAAGCUGGUAGAAAGAAAAGAAUCAGAGUCAAUACUAUAUCUGCAGGUCCACUUGGUAGCCGUGCUGCGAAAGCGAUUGGUUUCAUCGACAUGAUGAUUGAUUAUUCAUUUACCAAUGCACCACUACAGAAAGAACUACAUGCAGAGGAGGUAGGUAACACUGCUGCUUUCUUGGCAUCACCUUUAGCAUCAGCUAUCACAGGUGCUGUUAUAUACGUCGAUAAUGGACUAAAUGCCAUGGGAGUUGGAGUCGACAGUCCGGUAUUUAAAGACCUUGACAUUCCAAGGGACCAACAUUGAAAUUGAGAUUGAACUGAUUAGUUUUUCUUGUCUACGAAUCCUGAUCCUUCUAUUCAACUAAGACGAUACGGCUUAUGAUGAUGA